AUGGCGAGCCGCAACGAGGAGCUCCUGAAACGACCGCUUUACGUCUACGACCUGCCGGGAGAGGUCCUGGAGACGCUGACGCUCAAGGCCGACUCAGACUCAGUAGUCGUGCCCGAGCCGGAAGUGUCGCGCUCACCAAAGGACAAGAGCCCAAACGCCUCUACCGAUAACCUCGUCGGCUCGCAGGCCUGCUCACUCUGCGGGCUGACGUUUGCCACCCUGCUGGACCAGCGCAGCCACCUCAAGUCGGACCUGCACCACUACAACCUCAAGCAGAAGCUUCGCGGCCUGAAGCCCGUCUCGGAGACUGAGUUUGAGAAGCUGAUAGGCGACCUGGACGAGUCCCUGUCCGGGUCCGAUUCCGAUGACUCCGAAGACGAGGAUGAGGAUGGGCGGCAGGAGUCUACGCUGACGGCGCUGCUCAAGAGGCAGGCGAAGCUGGCUGACAAGAGGGGUGACGCGGAGGACGAUGAGAAUGAUGAUGAAAACGCAAUGCGCCGCCGGAACAAGUCCAAGCCACCUCUCAUAUGGUUCAGCUCACCAGUCCUGCCCGAGAAGUCGUAUUUCGGGCUCUACCGGGCAAUCCUGACGGGGCAAGAGCUACGAAACACAGAUCUGGUCGACGUGCUACGAAAGAAACAGGUUGAGCCCAUAUCCGUACCGAAGCCGGCCAAGGAUGGAACUCUGCCGCCCAUAGCCUACAAGGGGCCUCACAUCUUCUUGUGCAUGAUCGGCGGCGGCCACUUUGCCGCCAUGGUCGUCUCCCUCGCGCCUCGGCCAUCCAAGUCGGGCACCACCAUGAACCGCGAAGCCACCGUCUUGGCCCACAAGACGUUCCACCGAUACACGACCAGGCGGAAGCAAGGCGGCUCGCAGUCCGCAAACGACAGCGCCAAAGGCGCCGCGCAUUCUGCCGGUUCAAGCUUGCGCAGGUACAACGAGCAAGCUCUAGUCGCCGACGUGAGGGCUCUCCUGCACGACUGGAAGGCUCUCCUGGAUACGUCUGAGCUGCUCUUCAUCCGCGCCACGGGGACGACGAACCGCAGGACGUUGUUUGGGCCCUACGAGGGCCAGGUAAUCCAGCACAACGACACGCGCAUACGCGGCUUCCCAUUCAGCACGAGGAGAGCCACGCAGAAUGAGCUCAUGCGAUCGUUCAUCGAGCUCACGCGCCUCAAAGUCCGAGAGAUUGACCCGGAGAAGGAGGCCAAGGAGACGGAGCCGGCCGCGACUCCGACAAAAGCAGCCAGCCCAAAGCCAUCGAAACCAAAGCUAUCGGAAGAGGAAGAGACGGCAUUGCUGCACACCUCCCAGCUACAAGCAUUCAUCCGAAGAUCAAAACUACCCGCACUCCUCUCUUACCUCACCAACAACGGCCUGACCGCAGACUUCGAGUUCCAGCCCAAGGAGCAGAACCACCACGCGCCCCGGCCGCUGCACCUCGCCGCCGCGCAAAAUUCGUCUCCGCUCGUCCUCGGCCUCUUGACCAGGGGAGGCGCAAACCCGCUGCUCAAGAACGCCGAGGGCAAGACGCCGUUUGAGCUCGCCGGCGACCGGUCCACGCGCGACGCCUUCCGCGUUGCCCGAUCCGAGCUCGGCGAGGGGAAGUGGGCGUGGGACGACGCCAAGGUCCCCGUCGCAAUGACCAAGGCGGAGGCGGAGAAGCGCGACGAGCGGGAGAAGCAGGACGCGGAGCGCAAGGAGGCGGACCGGCGGAAGGCCGAGGAGGAGCGGCUGCGUAAGGAGGGGCCGCAGGUUGUUGAUAGUAAGACGACUCGCGGGGGCACGACCCUGGCCGCUGGAAUGGCGAAGACGGCGCAGGAGAAGAGAGAAGAUGAGGCGAGGGGUCUCACGCCGGAGAUGAGGAUGAAGCUGGAAAGAGAGAGGAGAGCCAGGGCGGCGGAAGAGCGACUGCGGAGGAUGAAGGGCGGGGCGUAA